CAGAUGGGUUUCUGCCACUGAGCCAACAUGGAGACUGAGGGGAGGCUGGUCCAGUCAAUUUACUAUGGGAGUAUUGGAAGUCAGGACACAGAGAGGCUGCUGGAGAGAUUCGGGUAUGAUGGCAGCUUUCUACUGAGAGACAGCAGCACAGUGCGGGGGGCCUACUGUCUGUGUGUGAGGAAAGCACCGUUUGUGCACACCUACAGGCUCCUACGCUCUGCCGAUGGCUGGUGCCUUCAGCAGGAUUCAACAGUCAGAUCACCAACAUUUAGGACUCUGGAGGCACUAUUAGAAGGCUACAGGAGGGCUGCUGUAGUUGGAAUAGCCCCGCUCACAGAUCCGCUGGACAAAACACGAGUACGAAACAGCUUGGGCGAAGAGUUUCUUUACAUGGAAAUGAACAACAGCAGCAGCAGCUCUGUGUACUGAAGCCAUCGUGCUCUUAAUCUCUCAGACGAUCAAACCGACAGAAACCACAGCGCCUCACUCAUCUUGUCUGCCCCUGUUUCUCAAUUUCUUUGUGUAUUUAUUUUCAGUUUUUGUGUUGAUUUAGUCAUGGUUUAAGACAUUUUCAGUAGCCCGCAAACUGCUACUGAAAGAUAUUUAAAUGUUUUAACACACGCCAUGAGUGGGAGCACUUUUUUGUUGCUGGUUUUUUGAGUUUUGUUUUGUUUUUUUAAAUUUUAUGCAGUGACAGUGGUUGUCUUUUUCAUCAGACCCACUUUCUUGACAUGUGGUCCCUCAUGCUACUUACCUUUUUGGGUGCAUACAUCAAUGAUUUCUGUCCAAAUGGUGUCAGCCUUAAUCUAAUGUUUUAUG